GUUCAAUUGUAUCAGAGGGAACGGUGCUCACGUAAUUAAAUCCCUCUGCAGUAUAAAAGGCUCCAUCUCUCCGUUGCGUACAAUACAUCCCUCUUUUUCGUUGGCUGAAGUUACCAUUCCCGAGAAAACUGCACGUUACAGUACCCUUUGAACUCAUGCCCAACAAUCAUCUAUCUAGAAUUAUAGCGGACGACUUCCCAUUCAGUAAGCCAAGAAUUCAAAUCAAAUAUCACCGCCGUCUUUAGGUCAGUACCUCAGCCCAGCCCAGACCCCACACCCAUCUAAGACGAGUUUUCGUACUCAUGGACUCUAAAUUCGAACACCCCGAACCCGACCCAUCCGCGGACGGAAAAGUUCGUGCUACGAGCAAGAGGCCCAUGCCCCCUCUCCAUCUCCCCCGGAUCCAAUCCGAAAAGUAUAACAAUAACGCGGAGGAGGAAUCCCGGCUAUUGAAUUUGCGAGGGUGCUAACGUCUCAUCAGAAAGUCAAUUUGGACCAGGGGGUUUGGUGUGUACCCCUUGCAGUCGGUGUGUGAACUCUAACUGUUGCAUACCUAGGUAAGCAUAGACCUUUAAGUUCGUGAGGCUAUUUAUCUUUCCUAUCCGGCAUAUGAUGAAUAGGUAGGGUUGAUUGAUAUUUGCAAGGAACGGAGAUAGAGGUAGGUGAUCAGAUGGCAGGCUCCGUUGUCCGGUUGGUUGGUAGGAGGAGAAUGGCAAUACCUACCUCCUUGAUUGUCAAAAUCUGAUACCUUCCCAAUCUUCCCAACCCUCUCUCCUACUCAACCACAUCGUUGUACAACCAUCCAUUCCCC